GAUCCCAACACCGGACUGCCCGCCGUCGUGGGAAGAGCGGGGGAAGCAGGGGUGGAAAUGGAGGACCGCCAGCGACAGCCAGAGAUGCCCUGUAUCCAAACCCAAUAUGGGACCUUGCUUCAGAGCGGAGGCCCCUGUGAGCGCUACCCAGCGGACCUCUUGACCCCCGAGCUUGGCAAACCCACCAUGGACCUGGUUAACACAGAGAUCACUGCCGCCGCCACCUCUCUGCCCAGCUUCAGCACCUUCAUGGACAAUUACACCGGCGAAUUCGACGCUUUCCUCUACCAGAUCCCAGCCGCCAACCCCACCGCCGCCUCCUUCAAGCUGGAGGAUUUCCAGGUGUACGGCUGCUACCCCGGCUCCUUCAGCAGCCAGCUGGACGAGACGAUGUCCUCGAGCGGCUCGGACUAUUAUGGCAGCCCCUGCUCCGUCCCUUCCCCUUCCACGCCAAGCUACCAGACUUCCCAGGGGCCAUCUUGGGAGAACUCCUUUGGGGCCUAUUCCCCCCCACACGCCUACGAGGGCAUGAGGCCUUGGGCGUCGGCGGCAACGGAGCCUCCGAAAAGUAGUUCCGCCCAGCCCUCCUACUUCUCCUUCGGCCCCUCGGCUCACAGCCCCGGGGUCCCCCCCCAGAGCCCCCUGAAGAUGCAGCCGCCCGCCCACCAGCACUUGGUGGACGGAGACGUCUUCUCUCUCCAGCAACCCUCCUCGUCGGUGAGCUUUUCCCCUUUGCCGCUCAGCCAGGCCUCGCCGGUCCUGGACGGCUCCGGCUUAAUGGACAGUUCGCUCUCGCCAAGCAAGGCGCGCAGCCCAGGGUCCAACGAGGGGCGCUGUGCCGUGUGUGGAGACAACGCCUCGUGCCAACACUAUGGUGUCCGGACCUGCGAAGGCUGCAAGGGGUUUUUCAAGCGCACUGUACAGAAGAACGCCAAAUACAUCUGCUUAGCCAAUAAAGACUGCCCUGUGGACAAGCGGAGGAGAAACCGGUGCCAGUUUUGUCGUUUCCAGAAGUGCCUUGCUGUGGGAAUGGUCAAAGAAGUGGUGCGGACGGACAGUUUGAAAGGCCGGCGUGGUCGUUUGCCCUCCAAACCCAAGCAAACUCAAGACACUUCUCCGGUCAGCCUCAUCUCCUCUCUUGUGAGAGCGCACAUAGAUUCCAUACCCAGCGCAACAAAGCUUGAUUAUUCCAAGUUCCAGGAAUCUGUCUCCUACCAGUUUGAGAAGGAGGACUGCGUGGAUGUGCAGCAGUUCUACGACCUGUUGACAGGCUCGAUGGACGUCAUCCGGAAAUGGGCGGAGAAGAUCCAGGGCUUCCUAGAGCUUCCGAAAGAGGAUCAAGACCUGCUUUUGGAAUCUGCUUUUCUGGAGCUCUUCAUUCUCCGGCUAGCAUACAGGUCCAAGCCAGAAGAAGGCAAGCUGAUAUUCUGCAACGGGGUGGUGUUGCAUCGGAUGCAGUGUGUUCGGGGCUUUGGAGAGUGGAUCGACUCCAUCAUCGAGUUCUCCCAGAGCCUCCACCGCAUGAACAUCGAUGUGCCCUCCUUCUCCUGCCUCGCGGCACUUGUCAUCAUCACAGACCGCCAUGGGUUAAAAGAGCCAAAGAAGGUUGAAGACCUCCAGAACCGCAUUGUCGGCUGCCUUAAAGACCACGUGACUUCCACCACCAACGAGCAGCUCCAUCCGAACUGCCUCUCGAAGCUGCUGGGCAAGCUCCCCGAACUCCGCACCCUUUGCACUCAAGGGCUCCAGCGCAUCUUCUACCUGAAGCUCGAGGAUCUGGUCCCCCCGCCGCCCAUUGUGGACAAAAUAUUCAUGGACACGCUGCCUUUCUGAGGACUCCGAAAGAAGGAAGGGAGGGAUUGAGGAAGCUGCCGUGAAUGGGUGAUGCUUCCUGUUUGGGGGGGAGGGUGGCUUUAUAUAUAUAUAUUUUUGGGGGGUGGUUGCAGAUGGACAGGAACUGGCAGAGGGGAUUUCCUUGCCACCCCAUCACCUGGAGGGGAGUUUGCAGGAACAUUUUUUCUCCCCCAGAGACAUUACAGAGGAUGUUUAAAAAAAAAAUUAAGCCUAGUGGUCGGAAGAUAAAGGCCACUAGCAUUAUCAUGUCCCCCCGUCCCUUCUCCUUUCGUCCACCCUUUUUGAUCUUGGAGUUUAGUGGGACAUUGAUCUCCUUCUCUCUUCUCCUCUUUCUCUCUCUGAACUUCGGACAACUUUUUUUGGAGUUUGUGUUCUUCUUCUUUUUUAACCUUGUGGGGGGGGGGAAUCCCGGUGUGCCUUCUAGGGUUACAUGCACAAUAUCCCUAAAUGAUGCUGCCUUGUCCCAUGUAACCUGCCAACGGCUCCUCGUGCAAUGCGACACCUAAAUUCCAUACAGUUGCACAGAUCAGCUUUGUGUGAUACAUGUGGAAUAUGUUGGUGUUUUGUGUUUUUUU